AUGAAGAUGACAUGGCUUAUGGAGGGCUGUGUCAAUGGUCAUGCGUUCACCAUCGAAGGAGAAGGCACUGGCAAACCUUACGAGUAAGUCUGUGUGAGAUAAAGAUCAACCUGUUAAUUCUCCUUUUGCCUGGAGGCAUUGCUGGUCUAACCAAAGCCAAUUUGAUUAUUUCAGUUGUGUUUCUUGCGGCCGUUUGUGUCAUCUGCGUAUGGCUGUCUUGGAAAAAGGGGUCUAUAAAUCCAAGCCUCAUAUAGGAACUCGCCAGAGGUUAUUGUAUGCAAGUCACUUAUGAGAUGAAAACGCACCAAAAUAGUCAUAUGCUAGUGAUUUCGUUAAUAUAAUACUACCAUAUCGAAAAUAUUCUCCAUCAGAAUAUUUCAGAGGCAAACAAACAGGGACGUUCCGUGUUACACAGGGCGGACCCCUUCCAUUUGCCGUUGACAUAGUGGCACCGACUUUGAAGUAUGGAUUUAAAUGUUUUAUGAAGUACCCUGCUGAUAUUCCUGACUAUUUCAAGCAAGCAUUUCCCAAGGGUCUGACAUACGACAGGAAAUUAACAUUUGAAGAUGGAGGGUGUGCCACGGCCACCGUGGAAAUGAGGUGAGUAAUUCCUCACUAUUUAAGUGUUAAUUAGCUUUUUAACUUGCAGACUGCACAAAAAUCUUUGAGUUAUGUCUGUGGAUGAUCGAAAACAAAAAUCAUGUAAAUUUUUUUGCAUAUUCUGCAACACUACACAAAGAUGGCUCGAAUUGAAAAAGUGAAAAUUCACGACGGAUUUCCAUACUGAAGAACAUCACAGAAGCUUCAAAAGUGCAGUAUACCAGCGAUACCGGUUACUUUUAAAAUAUAAUGAGGGAAAACUCGGUUUGUACAAAUUGACCUAAUUUUUUUACAUUCGUCUAACAUAGUAAUCUAACCUGUUGAUUUAGAGGUUUUUUUCCCACUAAAAUCUUGUUACCUCGUAAGGCAAACUCAAAAUGUAUGUUUAAUCAUUUUGCUUUCUGAAAUGCUUCCUACUUUGACAGCCUCAAAGGCAACACUCUUGUGCACAAGACCAAUUUCCAAGGUGGCAACUUUCCCAUCGACGGGCCUGUCAUGCAAAACAAGACGCUUGGCUGGGAACCAACCUCGGAGAAAAUGACUCCUUGCGAUGGAACAAUCAAGGGAGACACUAUCAUGUACCUCUUGGUCGAGGGAGGGAAAAUGCUGAAAUGUCGAUAUGAAAAUAAUUACAGGUAAUUACGUUGGCUUCGACUGCUGUGUAGAGACAUGUAAACAUAUAUUCAGAAGCAGUGCACCCGAACGUUUAGUGUCACCUCCGAGGUUUGCACGUUUCUUCAUUCGCCAAGUUUCCGAAUUUUGGGAUCAUAACUUUUCAAUCGCAUCGGAUUAUAUAACUGCAAAGCGGGAUAAAAAGGCCAGUUGUGGACAUUUGUCUGAAAUUAUUUUGAUCGCUUACGAUUAUAAUUAUGACUCGAACGCUCUCUUCGGAAACCUUCUUCAUCUUUGUGGUUACCAGGGCGUCGAAUUGGAUGACUUGAUAUCUAUACUGCUCAUUUCAGCCAGAAAUAACGGAUCAUUUUUGAUUUUUUUUCUCCAGAGCCAAGAAGCUGAUACACGAGAUGCCACCGAGCCAUUUUGUGGAUCUCCGCCUUGUGAAAACCAACCUUGAUAAGGAAGGUUUGAAGUUUCAACUGGAAGAACAUGCCGUGGCAAGAAUCCUCGAGGUUUGA